UAUAAGCGACCCAGGUGGUGCGUCUCGAAUAGCUCACCGGUGAACUGCACCACGUAACGUUUCCGAGGGUGGAAGAUGGCAGGACUUGGCUCUCCCUGCGGAGCUUGCAAGUUCUUGAGGAGGAAGUGCGUCAACGGCUGCGUCUUCGCACCGUACUUCCACCACCAGCACGGCGCAGCCCACUUCGCGGCCAUCCACAAAGUCUUCGGUGCCAGCAACGUCGCCAAGCUGCUCAUGCACCUGCCCAUGGCGGAUCGCCCAGAGGCCGCCGUCACCAUAUCCUACGAAGCACAAGCGAGACUCCAAAACCCUAUCUACGGCUGCGUCGCCCAUAUCUUCGCCCUCCAGCAGCAAGUGGUGAAUCUGCAAGCACAAGUAGCCUCGCUCGAGGCACAAGCCGCGCGAAGACGUGGGAACGGCAUUCCCGUCGGUUCCAUCGGUCAACUAGAAGACAUGCUCUGCAACACAGGGCCACCCCAUCGACAAGAUCUGCAGGGCUUCAUUGAUCAGGCUGGGGAUAGGAAGACGCCACCUCAGUUUGCUUCGACUCUCUCGAUGGAUGUGAAUUGGUACCCCAACUCUGUUUGGUCCUUGGAGGAGAGCACGCCUCCGACCAACUUCGACAUGGCCGAUGAGGAUUUCUCCUUCGAGGCUUUCUCUCUGACGUCCUGUUUUGACAUGGAGGACGAGUUUUGGAGGUCAGCAUGCCAUGGCAAUGGAGACCUGCAACCAGCAGCCUCUGCUGGUGCUGGGCGUUCAUGGGGUCGUGGGAUUCAUUGACGUCUCCGUUCCAUUCUUUACUGUCGAUGCCAUCGUUCUUUACUGCCGAUGCUCGACAUGCAUGAGAUUUGAUUCCAAUACAAUUAUAUACAGUUAAUUAGCAACAAGGUACCCAAUUGUUCUUAAGAGGAGAAUCUAAGGAUAGAUUCAGGGCUUCUUUCUCGUACCUGUCUGUAGAACAGUGAUUAAUAUGGAAUCUUGUUCUUUGUGAGAUUAGGAUGAUCA